CUCGGCUCGGCGGCGCAGUGCCUGGUUGUAUAGCCGCGGCGGCGUUACGUUGGCGCGUCCUCUCUCUUCGUCUGUCGGCCUAGAAGCGGCCAUUUUCCUUCUCUGUUGCUUGCCUGGCAGGCGCGCAGGCUGCUCGUCUGCAGCCGCCGCGAGGGAAGAAGACGACGGCUCUCGCUCUCUCUCUCUCUCUCCCUCGCUCACCACCGCUCGUGUAUAUAUAGGUAUAUACACUCGGUCUGUAGAGAGUAGGUAGGACAGACGUACGCUUUCCUUUCUCGCCUCUCUCUUUUUCGCUCCCGCGCGGCAGAACCAAGAGCGAGCGAGAGAGACAGCGGCCAUUUCGCGGUGUGUGUCUCGUGCACGGCGGCUCCGUUUUCUCGCGCGCGAGGCUGGCCUUCUCUCUCUCUCUCUCUCUCUCUCUCUCUCUCUCUCUCUCCUAUCUCCGUCUCGCUUCGCUCAUCGAGAUAGAUAGACCGCUGCUGUACAUGCAGAGCAAAUUCGCGAGCUAUAAGCCUCUUCUUUCUCUCUCGCGCGGAUAUACUCGUGUGUUUUUCCUCCGUCUCGCUCUUGCUGCAGCCGUGCCACUUGCUCCCCGGCUGCUGCUGUUUUUCACUCGCUCUCUCUCACUCGGCACCUUUCUCUCGCACGCGACUCCCUUUGGAUGAGGAAAUAUUUUUGCUUUUCCGACUGCUGGCUCGUUUUUUGGAGCAGCUGAUGCAGUUGGAGAGAUGAAUCGCUUUCCUGGAGGGCCAGCAAAUCCAGACAACUGUAACGUGUUCCAUGUUUACACUGGCAGAACAGGCCAACAGUUUCACACAAACUGAGCAGAGCAACUCCAAAUACGCUGAUUAGCAGCAGGGGCAAAAAGAAAUAAUGUUUGAUCCACAGCAAAUUCAACAGCAGCAGGCUGCACAAGGUCAGCAGUCUCAACAACAGCAGACCCAGCAGAUGUACGUGACAACCGAUAAAAAAGACGAUAAGUCCGGUCAACAGUCUACGACUACAGAGUUUCCCUUCUAUUAUAAUGUCAACAUGCUGCAAAAGGUACAAGCGAACGCGGUGGGAACGAUCGGUGCAAUCACGACCGACGAUAAGGGCCACUAUCGCUUCGACGUACAACCCGGUUACAACACCCUCAUCAAUCAGAUGAACUUGGCGACAAACACGACCUUUAAGUGCGAUAUCUGUGGUCUCGUGUUCGGCCAUAUGAGUCUCUUAAAUCACCAUAAACGCAUCCACAACUCUACACCAAGCAAUCUGCACCAACAACCCCUGCAGGUCGUUGUUCAAACGCCGACAACCGUGACAGUCGCCACUACGCCGGAAAGACCUUACACGUGCGAUCUUUGCGGAGCUUGUUUCGCUUUGCCUGGAGAGUUGAAAAGUCAUAAAACGAACAUGCACGCGAAGCCUAAGGUGCAGAUCUGUGAAGCGUGUGGUAGCGAGGACCCCUGUGAACACCAUCCUACCAAAAUCAAGAAGAUUAUCAAACCUGGUCAUCAUCCAGUAAAGCGGCGCGGUGUCACUAGUGUUACCAAGUGCCACAAAUGUAAUGGCACGGGCAUAAUUUUCAUCGGUAAACACAACGAAAAACUAGAUUCCGGAAUCAGUUCCCUCGCGAAGUGUAGCGGCUGCAAGGCGACAGGCCGUAUCAUCAUAGGAAGCGGGAAAGCAAACAGUCAUCACCAAGAGAAGCCUUUUCACUGUAACGUUUGUGAUGGCACGUUUUCAAGAUAUUCCUCGUUGUGGUCUCACAAGAGAUUGCAUUCCGGCGACAAACCGUUCAAAUGUGAAGUGUGCGGCUUAGCUUUUGCUAAGGCGGCGUAUCUAAAAAAUCACGGACGCGUACAUACGGGUGAGAAGCCGUUCAAGUGCAGUCACUGCGGCAUGCAGUUCUCGCAAUCUCCUCAUCUAAAGAAUCAUGAGCGCAUCCACUCUGGUGAACGGCCCUAUCAGUGCGAGGUCUGUGAAAAGACGUUCGCCAGGCACUCGACCCUUUGGAACCACCGCAGGAUUCACACCGGCGAGAAGCCCUACCGGUGCAAUAUUUGUGGUUCGGCCUUCAAUCAGGCCACGCACCUCAAGAAUCACGCUAAGGUCCACACCGGCGAAAAACCGCACAGAUGCGACAUCUGUGAGAUCGGCUUUUCGGACCGGUUUGCCCUCAAACGGCACCGGGCGAUCCACGAGAAGUACGGCCAGACGGCAGCGCGCAACAGCCAGGCCAACGCAAGCAACGUUCAGGCUAAUACGAGUGCGCAGGGCCAGGGUCAGCCGCAACAGGUCGUCGUGGUGAACGCGACGACGCCGGUCACCGUCAGCCAAGGACAGCCCGUCAUGCUCGAAGAGGUGUACAAGUGCCAGGUGGCCUUCCCCGAGCCCAAAUGAUUAAACUGAGGCUCGGACCAAGUUUCCCAUGCACAGCCGCCGCCGCCGCAACAGCAGCAGCAGCAACAGGAGAAUGGCAGCAGAUACGCUUUGAUCGGUUGAGGGGACCUAUUGACUUUUUCUCUCUAUCCGAACGUACGUUUUGUGGUCGUAAAACCCGGCAGAAAGUUCGACGCGGCUAAUGGACCGAAAGUGGCAAAGACGAACGAGUUUAUGGUGUAAGAGUGCGUGGUACAUCCGAGAGACGACGAUAUAAUUAUGUUUCGCGAGCCGAGGAUUUUUCAGCCUUCUUUUCUAUGUAAAGCCAGGGGAGCGUGAGCACUUGCGAGUUUUAUUGUUUGUUUUAAAUGGGUCGGUGACUUCUUUUUUCUUGCAAAUCUUGUGACUUUGGUUUAAAAAACACAUACACACUCACUUUCUGUUUGAUCAUUUCACGGCCUUGUGUCCAUCGGAGAUUUAAUUCCGAUUUUUUUCACAGCAUGCAUUUUUUAAAGGAAUGAUUCCCAUUCACCCACCGACAUCUGUAUAUGUACAGUAUUUUUACUUGAUUUUGAUACAAAUCCACGGUGUACUGAAGAUGUGUAUAAAAAAUAGUCUACAUUCGAAUGGAAUCGAAUCUUUUUAUAUGCGCUUUUGUAUGUUUCUUAGUAUGCUGAAGAUUACCAACAGACUAUGUCUAUUAACUCUAGGCGUAUUUUAAAAUAAAAUACGAUCGCGUCGGUUGUAAUAAAAUGUCAUAACUUCUCUUUGACGAUAAUACACAUUUAUCUAUAAAAUUGAAGAAAAAAAUGUUGUAACGGUCUCACGAUCCCUGUUAAUUUUUUGACUAUUGUUAAACUCGACAAAACAAUACACGUGUAAACUGGUUUUUGAAGCACUUCCAAUGGUGUGUUACUUAGAAAACUUAUGUUCUAUGUUGGCGGAAAAAGGAUCCUUUGUGAUUUGGAUAAUUUAUACUUGUUUAAGUGUAUGACGUGAAUAAAAAAUGAUGCUGUAUCUUUGAACAACGAGCAAGCAAAAUUAAUUUUUGUAUCGCAAACCUACAGAGUUUGUAUGUCGGCAAGAGUAUAUACUUCAAGUAUACAACAAAAAGGUGCAAUAUAAAUUAUGCAGCUUCGAAUAAUUUUAUUUUUUCUUUAAGCACUAUUUCGAGUUUGUAAAAAACAACUACUAAAUAUUCACGUUUAUUUGUUCAAUGACAAUCCAAGUUUUUUUAUGCUGAAUACUGAAUUAAAAAUUUGCUCUAUUAUAGGACUCCCUUUUUCGUCAGAUAAAUGCUUUUGUCUUAGCAUUUCAAUCUUUCUUUACUGUUUGUAUUUUGAAAAACCUUGAGGACGAAACGCUGCAAUAAGAAGAAAAAAUGAACAUAACAUUAAUAUCUUAUUGAAUGGACAUUAGAGGCAUCUACUAUCAUGUAGAUAGUAUUGAUAUAAAUAAGCGAUCGCUAGCUUAUAAACGACGAGUAGCUGCUUAGAUGAUAUGUGUAUACAUUAAUUUUUGUAUCUUCACUUGUUAGAUAUGAGACCCACCCCAUUGCUAAUUUUUUUUUUCAAUGGAGAGAAACAGAAAAUAAGAUAAAUCACCUUCAAAGGGUAUAUGAACAGUGAGUGUUCAAAUUCCCUAUGACAUGUAAAUUAUCCUCAAGCUAGAUAAAAACUUUCCAAUAUAAGUCAUGUAUAGGCGACAAUACUUUCACGUUUAGGGUUUGAAUACUAAUCACAGGCGUACUUUUAUUUUGUAAAAGUAAAGAUUUGACCGAAUAACGAAUUUUUUAAACAUUGAAUAAUUGUGUAAAUUAAUCAUUAAAAUACUUUCGCCCGUGAAGUGAAUUUAUACACGAAUACUAGGGGAUCGGGAAUAAUUUUUCUUUCUUUCUUCUCUUAUUAUUGUUAAAUCUUGUGUAAGACAAGAAGAUCAUAUUCGGUUACGUUUAGUUGACUCGUACGUGGUCAUAAUACCUGCUACAGUAUUUCGGAUUAGCUUAGAAACUUUUAUCAAAUCCGUUUCGUUCGAGUAACUUAACGGACAAUGUCACUUUUCACCGUUGUUGAUCCUUCAGUGAUUAUUUACAUCUGUACACGCGAACCACCCCAUGUUUUUUUGUUUAAUUUUUUUAUUGUUUUUGCCUUGAGAGAAAAAAAGAAAAGCGAAAGAUACUAGUUUAAAAUCCUUGUUAUUGCGUUUAAUAAAUUAUAUCAACUUAUAAAAUACAUUUUUAUGUAUAAAGACAAUUCUUUGUGAAUAGCUAAAGGUGUUUGGAAAAAAUUAUUUGCUGUAACCUUAGUUUUUCGCUUGAGGGCACUAAGUAAAUUUUGUAAAUACAUGUAUCUGAACUUAGAGCUCAAGUUACAAGCUUCAAGAAUUCGAACUAAUUUAGAUUGUUUUAUUUUAUUUUUUCAGUUAUUAUUUUGUAAUAAUUUAUAGUACGAAGAAUUAAUAACUUUGAGUUUAAGUUCAGUGUAUCCAUGUGGGGAGUAUGAAAGAGCGAGUGAAGUGUGUUAGAAAGAGCGCGAAAAUGCAACUUAUAGUUCAUAAAUAUAGGAACUAAUUAGGUAAAUAAUGUAUAAGUCGUUUGUUUAGAAAAUGAAAAUUAAAUAGGAAUUACUGGGGGAGGCAUAGCUCGACUGCUUAUUUUAAUCCAGUGAUUUUUUUUUCAUUAAGUUCAGCAGUUAAGCUUUUUUAGUUAAAAAUUAACAUUCCUAAUUAUGCGUAUCAAGUCAGAAAAUAAAGAUGGUCGUCUUUCUACAAAUGUAUAUGAAAACAAUUUUCUUCUAAACGAAUGAGUGUCAGAGUCACGAGUUUAUUUAAACAGAUGUACGACUUUUAUUAAUUAUAAUAAUUAUCUACAUUAUCCUUUGAAUAAAAUACCAAUAAAAAUAAACGUGUUUUAAAAUUUGAUUUUAACUUAAACCGAGCAGCCGCUCGUUGCCUCUUGCAGUAACGUCGUUUUUGAAAUUUAAAAUUAUGAAUAAACAUGGGAAUUAACUUAAUUAUACAAGGAAAGCAAAUGAUUCCGAGCUUCCACAGUAUUGAUAAAAAAAUUGAAGCGAUUUAUGGAAGUGUCUUCCAGAGUGUCUGUUCUACGCUUUCUACGAUCACAAAGGUAUCCUUCGUUCCAAGUUAGGGUGAUGAAUAUUAUAAAUAUCCACGCAUUCUCUUGUGAAUCUGAUAUUGCACAAAUGGUGAGAGAAAGAACGUGAAUGUAGCGCUGACGAAAAUUAAACGAACCUACUAUAACGCCUAUUUUUCAUCGUCUUAAAGUGAUGCGUUUCUUUUUCUAAACACACGCGGAAUUGGAGAUUUUUAAUAAUCGUAAUGACGAAGCAAGUCUGGAGCAAUUUCAUUGUCGAGUCUGUUACGGGUCAGCCGAUGUGUAUACACGUAUUCUAUAGAAUUUUGUAUGAGAAAUAAUAAUAAUAAACAAGAGCGAGAUGAUAAACACAAGCGGCAGAUGCGUCUUUUCAUUAGAAACUACCCGUUGUCGAUAUAAACUAGAAGUCUAAUUUGAAUGUAUCGUGUAUCAUACUAAUUAUGUUGACUAGUUAAGCGGAAAGAAAAUCCUAGGCGUUUUGAUUUUAAAUCAUCAUCAUAACUAGCGCACGAUUAUACCAGAUAUUCAAGUAACAAUAAAGAUGUCCGUGGGACGUUCUCAUUUUUAA